CAUCAUUCGUUCAAUAUAUUCUUUGCUGAGAACAAAAAAAUUCGUGACGAAAUAAUUUAGGCUAUUUCUUAUCCGUCCAUGCCAUGCGCGAUAAAAUUACUCAACUAUUUUGCUUGCAAAAAAACGCAAUCAAAAAUACUGCAAAAGAUAAUAGAGGACAUAAUGUGUCAUCAAAAGCAACGAGUAAUGGGACAAUGUAUGCCAAUGGGUCUAUUGGACCAGAGGGGCCCGAAGCGACAGAGACCGACUCAUCAGGGACCGGGCGGAUGCGGAAGCCGUUGGAGAGGAAUGGCUCAACGCAGAACGACACUGUUCACCUCGAGAGAAGGCUGGGCCUCUUCAGUGGGGUGGCUUUAAUCGUCGGAACUAUGAUAGGGUCUGGAAUAUUUGUGUCACCCUCUGGCUUACUGGUACGUACCGGUUCCGUCGGGGUUAGCUUCAUAAUCUGGCUUGCCUGUGGUCUGCUCUCGCUGUUGGGUAAGUACUUCAACCAACCAUACAACGAAUACGUUGGAUAAACAGAAUAAACUUUCAAUGCU